AUGCUUUUGGUCUUCCGAACUGUCUUGACAAUUCUCAUGUUCACAAGAUGCGCUAGCGUUUCUGGUACUGAGUUGGCUCUCGAGCAAUCCCUUCCAUGUGGCUAUCGAGGCCUGGGACGGAUGAGGGCGGAGUUGAAGGAGUUAUGUCAGAUGUUCAAUUCCAACGGUCCGGGCUCUGAAUGGGGGCGGAGGUUCAGGUUCUUGCAGCAGCCGACGGCGGGACACCCUGACGAAAGUUCCGGAUCAGUGAGGGAGCGCAGCUUCCAUCGGGAGCCAUCCGCCCCGCGUGGUCAUCGGACACCAAUCAAAGAAGGGCUGGAGGACGCCAUGAGAAUUCUCAUAGUAUUAGAGGAUCUUAACCAUCAAAGAGAGCCUUCGCUCCAGGCUGGAUUAAAGGCAAGCCUGAGGACGCUCCAAGCAAUUCGUCUUACCCAUCAAGACGAGCCCCCGCUCAAGGCGGGACUGAAAGAGAUGCUUAUCACGCUCCGGUCGAAUCCGGGCCAUCAAGCCCCAAUCAAGGCCAGACUAAAAAAUGCACUUACGAGGAUGCUACGGUCGAGGGUUGAGGACUUGGACUUGGAGCUGGCAGAGAUUCUAGUUCCUCAGGCACCGGUGGAGUACUACACGCCAUACGGGGAAAGCAAGCUGCAGGAAGACCGGGCACGCCGGGACGCGCGCGGCAGAUGGAUUCCGGAGGCCGCCUCGGACGCCCAGCUGCACUUAGCGUCACACACAGACCUAGCAACAACCUCCGAUGAGAAAACCACAGCGAUGUGCCUUCUACAUAUCGGGAUAGCGGCCGGCAUGACGUUCAGUUUAAUCCUCUUCUGUGUUGCUUUGCUGCUUGGAAAGUCAAAUCAUUAUUUUUAG